AUGGCCGAAGGAGCCGCCUCGGCGCCGGAGCCGUCCGCCUCCCAUUUGACGGAGAUGAAUAAGGAGUUACAGUUCCUCCUAUGUGAUGAAUGCCACUUAGAGGUCCCACACCCCAAACUCCUGCUCUGCUUUCACAAUCUCUGCUCCCCGUGCCUUGAAAAAAAGCCGCCCGAUCUCUGUGUCAUCUGUGGAACUCCGUACGUCCACCUUGCAGAGACCCCUGAAAAGCAGGAUAACGUGUUCUUUGCCAACCUCCAAGUCAAUUUUGAUCUCUACCAGAAGGUCACGGGGAGCAAAGAGUCGGUUUGUAACAAAUGUAGGAAAGAGGCAGAGUUUUGGUGUUUCAGAUGCAAAGAGUUCCUUUGCCUCUCGUGCUUUCAGUUCCACCAGAGAUAUACAAAGAAAGACAAUCACAAAGCCAGGCCGCUGAAGGACUUCCAGGCAGAAUCUUGCAAGGACUUCCUUUCAACCAUCAGAAUGCCCAACAACAUGUUUUGUUCCAAGGAGGGACAUAGCAGCCAAAUAUUAAGUCUCUACUGCAAGCAAUGUUCUCAACCUAUGUGUGCCAUUUCCACCCUACCGGACAGCAAGCAACAUUGUGACAUCAGCCAGGAAAUACAAUGCAAGCAAGAAUUGCAAAACAUGAACACGGAGCUGAAGGAGAAGAAGAACACUUACGACGAGACCAACAGCAGCCUUAAGAAACUGUUGAUGGACAUGGAACAGUUGAGGAACGAGAUGACGGAGCUGAUCCAGCAGAAGAUAGAGCAGAUGAUCCAGUGGCUGGGAGAAAAGGGCAAAGGGUUCUUAGCCAAAGUAGAAGCCCAUCAUAGCCACCAAGUGCAAGAGGUGAAUAAGAAGCUGCAGGAGACGAAGGGAGUGGUCAAGAGAAUUACAUCCAGCCAGAGGUUGGUGGAGAAGUUGCAACUCUACGCUUCUGGCCAGGAGGUGUUGGAGAUGCAUCCUUUCCUCAAAAUGUCCAUGGUGGACCUCAAGAAGAAGCAGCCAUCUUCGGUAAGGGGAAUCGAAAUGAGGACUUUCCUGGAAAUCAAGGCCCAACUUCAAACUUUGCUCGACAGAGUGACAAAAAACGAAGAAGCCGAUCCAGCUAAAGCUCAAACAGAGCCUCCAGAGGAACUUUUGGGAAAGUCACCGCUCAAAAGGAAAUACGCUGAAGGGGAAACAAACACUGACAGCUAUCCAAAAAUUCUCAAAAUUGAGUCAUUAACUGAUGAGGAAUGGAAUGCUUCCGCUGUAGCGUCUUGCAGCUGUUUGACCAUGGAUGAACCAGGGACCAGUUAUGGAUCCACCGGUGGUGGCUUUGUCUCAAGAAGUCAAGGGGGCCUCAACAAAAACCCAGAUGACGGUCCAGAGAUUGCUGAUGGCUGCUCAGAUUUAUCUGAUCCAGAAGAGAACUCCUCGAUGAACGUUUCUUCAGAAGAAAAAUCCACUGACGAUGAAACCGGGGCCUCAGUCUUGCCUCUGGACAUCAAUCCUACAUCACCAGUUGGCCAGAAAAGCCCAAUGAAGUAUCCGUGCAGCACAUCUGAAGAUCUUAGCUUGGAGUCCAAGAUCAUAUUCUUUGACCUCAAGUUUCUGUCAGGAAAUAUCCUUCACCUGGUCGCGCUUGGAGAAGAAAUCCUCACUUUCAGUGUCAAGAUUUCUUGCCUCAAAAACACAGAUGACAAAGUCUGUGUGGAUGGACUGGAUGAGUUCCUCGAGUAUCUCAGCACCCUCCAUAGGCCCAUUUUUGUGGGAUACAAGUUAUGGUCCAUGGAAGUCCCUGCUCUGCUUGAUGCCCUUCGAAAGAUCAACAAGGAAAAACAGUUUGAAGAGUCCAUCUUUGGUUUCCUGGAUGUUUUGCCCUUCAUCAGAGAGAAAUUCCCUGAAAACCCAAAUUAUACACUGAAAAAAUUAGACAAGAUGUAUCGUCGGGGACAGUUGGACUGCACCAAGGCAGCUGAUUGUGCCUUAGCUCUGAAGGAUCUCUGUACCUUCUUGAAAAUUAUCCCCGUGACCCCAAAAAAGCAGGUAAUCGCCUGUUCCAGCUUCAGAUGUUACUCCUCCCUUCAACCUCUCUGGGAGAAGAAAGUCCUCACCCAGCCCUCCAGGCGGACUUUGGCCCUACACAACAUCUCCCUUCUCAAACUGCAGUCUAUCUAUCAAAACGACCCCGAGAAAGGGCUAAAGAAACUCUGCAGGCGUUUGAACGCCAAACGGAGGACGGGCGAGAAAAAAAUUCAGAGGUUGAGCAAGAUCCGCAGCUAUUUCCAAAGCCUCCCAUCGUCAUCUCAAUGUUCUUCACUUCCACAGAUUUGUUAAGCAACACUCUCAUUUUUAUGGGAUUAGUAAUAG